ACGCGUGUAGCAAAGUGGAUUGCGGGCCAAGUGCUUCUUGCUUGCAAGGGAAUUCUGGUCCCAAUAGCCCCCCUGAAUGCGUGUGCAAUGAUAAUAAAGCCUUCAAUGAAACGGACAAGACAUGCUACGACGCGUGUGUGGUCUCUGGCAAGGAGUGUGGCUCCGAUGCAACCUGCGUUGCGUAUCGUAACUACGAUCCCGAGUGCCGGUGCAACAAGGCCGAUACGAUCUUCAACGAGCCUGGCAAGACGUGCUUUGGCCCGUUGGUGCGGACGGCGGUGCAGCUGAGUGGGCGCAACAUCAAGAAGCAGCUCACCUUCUCCACCUCGGUACCGGCAGAGCAGGCCAGCGGCACCACUGUGUGCGCCAGCAGAGACAUCAGCUACAGCAUUGGCGGCGCUCAGAUCACCGUCGUGUGGGAUGCCCCAAACCUCCGAAGCUCUGACCCCUUGAGCCCCGAAGCGCUUGGCAACGGCAUGUGCAAGAGCCUGACGUUUUACUCCGGCCGGCGCUGCACGGGCCAGCUGGGGCUGACGAUUGCACGCCCUGCGAGGAAGGGCCGUUCCUACCCUGCCACGAAAAGGCCUGUCAAGUCAACUUAUUCACCGCAGUCAGUUGGCUGCAAUCUCACCACGUGCCUCAAGGAUUGUGGAGCUGCUGAGUGCGUUGUGAAGGAUGGCGAGCAGCAGUGCCAGUGCCCCGAGGGCCUCGUGUUCAACCCAGCCAAGAAGCUCUGCCGCGGCCCGUUUCCUUUUC